AUGUGCUGUUUAAAAGUUCUUCGUAAUUACUUUUUCAACACGAAUCGAAAUUCAAAUGAAUCCUUUCCUCAAAAUACGAACCUGUCAAUCGAGACACCACCGCAACAACAAGAAGAAGAAGGCAUUUCCAAAAGUAUGGUAGUAAAGAUCAAUACCGCUACGAUCGUCGUUACAAUACCUACGGCUUGCGAAGCACGUAGACUCCUUAUUGAAUAUCAAAAAUCUCCGGAAUCUAAACAUGACCAAACUAUUAGUUCUCAAAGCUAUAGCUUGUUCUAUCUCGUAUUGAAUAAGGAAUUAUCCAAAAUUUUACCGGGAUUUUCGCGAACUGAAUUAUCAUACGAAGCCAGAAAAGCUUGGAAUUCAGCCGACCAGGAUUUUAGAGACGCUUACGAUUUGGUCCUGGAGAAUGAGAUGGUAAAGAAAUGUUUGGAUGAUUAA